CAGUUGAACGUUUGCAGUCAAAGCCAGAGGCGGGUCGAGUGCGCUUGAACAGCGCUUGAAACGUGUGGGAACGGAACACAUAAAGCAAAACGGUAAAAGGGCUUUGGCUGAGCUGAGCGCAAGUUGAGCGGCGAGCACGCCUUUAAGCCAAGCUAAGCUCGGCUUUUUGUUUUUGGGUGUGCCGAGGCAGUGCGACGAGAACGCGUGAGCGGCCAACACGUAAACGAAGCGCUCUAUGCGCUGCGCAAAAAAAAAAAAAAAAACCAACAAAAAAAAAACAUUUAAAUAAAAGAAGAAGAAAAACUCAGUUAAAAAUACACAGCGGCAGCGCUGCGGCAACAACUCAAGUGUGAAUUGUUAUUGAGGUUAUGUAAGCGGCAUAAAGCGCACUAACAAAACGCUAAAUACAAAUCGCAUUCGCUCAGCCAGGCAAAACACGUUCAAUUACAACAAUUUCAGACACGCGUCAACAUCGCGCAUUCGCACAUUCCUUCAAACUGCAAAAACACAAAAAGUAAACCUAAUGGAUCACGACGGCAAGGCACAGGCGCAAACGUCGGCUGCGACUGCGACGGCGACUGCGAUGCCAGCGCAUCCCCUGCAGGAUGUGCCGCUGAAUGAUAACGGCAGCGAUGUGACUGCAGUUGAUGACGUACAACUGACGACCAAAAAUUGGGUUAAAUUCGACGACGAGGCAGACGGCAGUGAAAAAAAUAAUAACAGUAACAGUAACAGUGCCACACAGCAACAGCAACAACAACAACAGCAGCAAAACAAGUUAGCUCUGCCGCCACCGCCGCCGUCUGUGGUCAGCAGCAACAACAAGCGACGUGCGCGCUCGCGCAGUCCCAAUGAGCUGGCCACAGCUGCAGCAAAUCCAGCGCCUGUUCAGCGCUCGGCAGUUUCCUCAACGACAGCUGGGCCGACGCCAUUGCCGGAUGUGACGCCGGCUGUUUUGACAACUGAGAGCACCCACGUUAAUCUGAAUGCAUCCGGCAGUGGCAGUGGCAGUGGCAGCGGCAGCAGUCCGCCCCGCCACCCACAGCAGCUAAUAAACCAAAAAGCAUCCUCGACUGCAGCCGGAGCUGCAGGAGCAGCGGCAGCAGUGACCGCUACUCAUCCAAAUGGCAGUGGUGCCAUCGGCAGUAGCAGCAGCACCAGCAACAACAACAACAACAACAACAACAUCAACAGCAGCAGCAGUGGCAAUGCCAACAGCAAAAGCAUCUCAAUUCCAGUGGAUCAAGCCUCCGGAAUGCGCACAAUUGAGUUGUCGACGGGUCGCAUACGUGAGGGUUUCGCUAAUGGCGAUGUGAUUGUCACUCUGCUGCCGGCCAACACGAAAUGGCCCUGGAUAACGCCGGCCAUAUUUCGACCGGAGCUGGUGCCCGAGGAGCUGAUGGCGCAGGGCCUGACGCUGACUGUGGAGGACUAUGUGAAUGCCAUGGAGACGUUGGUCAAUGACUAUCGCUUUACGGUGUACAACAUUUGCUAUAAGCGCAUUCUCGUCUGCUGGAUACUGUUCGCGUUCGCCGUGCUGCUGGCGCUGCUCUUCUCGGGGCUGCAGGGCGUGGCGCUGUUCGCCUUGGGCGUCGGCUGGCUGUUCCUCAAUGCGGCGGCCAUAUUCCUGUGCAUGUGGCUGAAGCUGCGGCUGUCGCGCGGCCUGGAGAAGUGCUUGGCGCGCGUGAACAAGCAGUUGAUGCGGCACAAGAUAUUGCUGGUGCUCGACGACCGGGGCCGCAUCUCCUGUCACAAGGUCAACCUGUGCUUCAUGUACUUCGAUGCGACGCAGUGCGUCAGCUUCCUGAACGAAUUCCUCGAGCACACCGAGCAGAAUGGCGGCGAGGCCAUCAAGGCGGGCUGGGAGGCCAAGCUGGAUAUUGAUGUCGAUGAUAUUGUCAUCCAGGGCACGCAGCCGGUGCGUCUGUCCCGCAAACAGGAGCGCGGCCUGCAGCUGUUUCUGCGCUAUGGCUCGCGCUGGGGCAUGGAGGCGCUGCGCGGCCUGGUGGAUGUGACGCCGCUGGAGCCGGGCCGGCAUUGCGGCCAAUUCCAGUGCCCGUGCCAGUAUAUCAAGGAGCAUUUGCAGUGCAAACCGCGAGAUGUUAGUCCCUAAGUCAAGGUUAUCCAUGUGCUUGCAUUGUCUAUGGUUCGGAUCCCAGUUUUCAAUAUCGUUAUUAGUAUUAACAGACGUUCAAUAUAUACAUUGCGAUUCGUUAAUCAUUUAACUACAUUAUUUAAUAACUCUUCAAACAUUGUGCAAUUCAGUUUCUGACACGUGUUGAAUGCUUUUUAAAUUCAAUAAAAUUUAUGAAAAUGUUUUAAUGUGAGUUAUU